CAAAGAUGGCCUUAAUAAUGGCAGCCAUAUUUACUGAACACCACUUUCCUUUCCUUUUGUUUUGUUUUGCUUAUUUUUCGAGUGAGCAGAGAUCUGAAAAAUGGCUUACAAUCUUCAAUCCCUCAUCACCAUCCUCCAAGGGAUUCUGGAUCCCCAACAAACACACUGGAUUCUUGGACAAGAGAAACCACAACUCCAAUCCCUCCUCCAAAAAGCUUCUUACCUACAGCAGAAGAUUCUCGAAAAAACUCCACCACUCACCAAAAUACCAAGCUUGGAGUGCCAAAUCAGAGACGUAGCAAAUGAAGCAGAAGACAUCGUUGAAUCUCACAUGGUUAGACGAAUUUUCUCGAUGCAUGAAUCUUACAUGCUUGAACAACUGUUUUCGAUGCCAGAAGAAGAAGAAGAAGAAGAAGAAGAAGAAGAAGACGCGACACCAGAUGUGCUGCUUGUGACACAAAAGCUUGAUUCUUUAACUCAACAAGUUGAGGAGCUCGUGGAGGUGGAGACAAACAAGAAGCCAACUGGCAGCUCAUGGAGUGGUGCUUCUUUCUCGAGUUCGAAGAGCGUCGUGGUGGGAGUCGAUGAAGUUCUGAUGCAGCUGAAGGAUCGGCUGACCGGGAUGCAGAGCAAGCUGGAGAUCCUGCCCAUCGUGGGUAUGGGUGGUAUAGGUAAAACCACUCUUGCUCGAAAACUUUAUCAAGAUCCACUCAUUCUUGACCACUUUAACUAUCUUGCUUGGACCACAAUCUCACAAGAUUACAAUAUGCGGUCAAUUCUAUUAAGCCUUCUUCGUUGCAUAACUGGAUCAGACUAUGAACAUAAGGGAGAUGGUGAGUUGAAAGAUAUUUUGUAUAGGAGCUUGUACGGUAGAAGAUACAUGAUUGUAUUAGAUGAUAUUUGGAGCACCACAUUCUGGGAUGAGAUAAGGAGGUACUUCCCGGACAACAAUAACGGGAGUCGGAUUGUGAUCACCACUAGGGAAUCGGAUGUCGCCAAAUAUGCAGACUCCAAUAGUCUGCAUCAUCAGGUGCAGUUGCUGAGCGAGUCUCAAAGUUGGGAUCUUCUUAGCCAAAUUGUGUUUGGAAAAGAGGAUUGCCCUCAUGAGUUACAAGGGAUAGGGAAGAAGAUUUCGAGUGAUUGCAGUGGGCUUCCUCUGGCUAUCAAUGUGAUUGGAGGGCUCUUGUCAAAGUUGGAAAGAUUGAAAGAUGUUUGGGAGAAUAUUGGGAACGACGUAAGAGCUGCGAUUGCUGAAUCAGACAAGCAGUUCUCCAAUAUACUAUCCUUAAGUUAUAACCAUCUGCCGCUUCACUUGAAACCAUGUUUCCUCUAUAUGGCAGCAUUCCCCGAAGAUUAUGAGAUUGAAUCCUUGAGACUCAUACAGAUGUUGGUGGCAGAAGGAUUUGUGAAAUCGAAUGGAGAUAAAAGUUUGGAGGAAGAGGCAGAGGAUUAUUUAAAGUCACUUGUAGAAAGGAAUCUAGUUUCGGUUAGCAGUUAUGAUUGGUAUGGAAAAGCAAAGAGGUACAACAUGCAUGAUCUUUUGAGAGAUCUAUGCAUUAGGCAAGCUGAUGAUGAGAAGUUUCUACGUGUCAAGAAGUCCACCGAGCUCACAUUCUCCAACCAGCUACGUCGUGUGAGUAUUCACACAUCAUAUGGAAUGGAAGAUGAUGAGUAUGCUUCUUCAUCAGAGAUGUCAUAUGGAAUGGAAGAUGAUGAGUAUGCUUCUUCAUCAGAGAUGCCACUUGUUCGAUCAUUUCUACUCUUGAUCGUGUUGGAUCGGAAGCUAUCUCCUAUGGUUUUCACAUUAAGCUUGCUUAGGGUGUUGGAUUUAUUGAAAAUGAAUAAGUAUUAUAUGAUUGAGUUCCCGGAAGAAAUAUUACAACUUGUGAACUUACGCUACUUAGCUAUCAAUUGCAAGUCAUUGCCAAGAAGUGGAAUAUCAAGAUUGUGUAAUUUGCAAACCUUGAUUGCUACGGUAGGCGAAGGCUCUUGUCCAGGUGAGUUGUGGGAGAUGUCUGAGUUAAGAUAUCUCAUCAUGUUGGGUCCAUAUCAAAAGAUUGAAGAUGAUUACAUGAAAAAAAUUGUUCUGGAGAAGCUGCAGACGAUACGGUAUGUGAGGAUAAGCCCGUCAGUGAUUAGAAGGGGUUUCUUGGAAAGCAUUCCAAAUAUAAAAAGCUUGCAUAUCUGGUAUGUUUCAUCAGGGAUGAGUGAAGUAGUUGAUCUGAGUCAUCUUCACAAACUCCAAACAUUAAGCUGGCGUUCAUGGCAUCAAUAUCUGCACGCAGUCAAGUUUCCAUCUACUCUUAGAGAAUUAAAUCUGGAUUUUUGUGUAAUAACUCCGGCAGUGACGACUGCACUGUGUGCACUACCGAAUCUGGAAGUGCUCAAGUUGCACAAAUGUAGCUUCAAAAGCAAUGAGACAGAAGAAGCAAAUGAAGAGUGGGAAAUAGCAGAAGGAGAUGAAUUCAGCUCAUUGCACUUUCUACAACUCAAUCAUACACUACUGGUGCGUUGGAGAGCUGAUGAAACCAACUUCCCUAGACUCCGCCAUCUCUUUAUACGAAGUUGUUGGAAGCUAGAGGAAAUCCCCGCCGGCAUUGGAGAAAUCCCAACCCUCCAAUUAAUCCACUUAGAUAAUUGCAGCGAUUCUGCAGUGGCCUCAGCCAAACAGAUUCAGGAGGAGCAGCAAUCUGAAUACGAGAACUACCAACUCCAACUCCAACUUUCUACAUCUUGAUUUUUUAUAUCUAGUGCGUUGGAGAGUUGAUGAAACCAACUUCCCUAGACUCCGCCAUCUCUGUUUAGAAUAUUGUCUUUAUCUAGAGGAAAUCCCCGCCGGCAUUGGAGAAAUCCCAACCCUCCAAUUAAUCGAGUUAGAUGGUUGCAGCGAUUCUGCAGACGCCUCAGCGAAACAGAUUCAUGAGGAGCAGCAAUCUGAAUACGAAAACUACCAAUUCCAACUUCGUAUCGACUCACUCAGAUGAUGAUUUGCACCGAUUUCAGCAAAGAAAGGAAGAUGAAGACGACUAAAAGUGGCCACAUUUGAAACUCAUUUGAUUUCCCUUCUCUUGUCUUGUCUACUAUUGCUUCACAAUUUGCUUUGUUUUUCACUUUUCGUGUUUUUUUUACUGCCUUGUUUUUUCCUCAUUUGAAUAACUAUUUUUAUCAAUUUUAAAUUGCCCCAUUGUUUUU